CGGCCGGGCUCCGCCAUGGCCUCGGGGGCCGCCGCCGCCGCCCGCGCCGCCGAGGAGCCGCCGCCGCCCGAGCCGCCCGCCGAGCAGAAGCCGCCGCCGCCGCCGCCGCCGCCCCCCGCGCAGGAGGAGUUCUCCUUCCUGCCGCUCGUCCACGACAUCAUCAAAUGCAUGGACAAGGACAGCCAGGAUGUUCACCAGGUGCUGAAUGAGCUCAAGAACAAAUUCCAGGACAUGAGGAAGCUGAUCAGCUCCAUGCCCGGCAUCGGCGUGAGCCCAGAGCAGCAGCAGCAGCAGCUGCAGAACUUGCGGGAGCAGGUCCGGACCAAAAAUGAGCUGCUGCAGAAAUACAAGAGCCUCUGCAUGUUUGAAAUCCCCAAGGAGUAGGAGCUCAGCUCUCUGGGUCCGAGAUGCCUCCUCUUCUGGCUGAACAGGAGAGGAAAAGGUGGCGGAAGUUUGCUUUUCUUUCUUUUAUGCUUUUUUGGUCUCAUUGCUCUGAAGUUGUGUCUGUGUGGAUCACAGGCGUGUGACACUGAACCAGAACACUGUGUGCUUCACGUAUGAUGUUUACAGCGGUACAUUCACUUUGAUCUGCUGUAGGACUGUGCAUUUAUGUAUGCAUCUCUUCUGUUUUCUCUUGGGGUGGGGUUGGGUAUUUUUUUUACAUUCAAACAAGCAGGAGACGUUAUGUUUUCUCCUCACUAAGGGUCAAAGUACCUGCUAGUUAACUUCAAUGAGAAAAAAGGAGGCAUUUUCUGCAAUUUUUUUCACUUAAAUGUGGCCAAACUUCAAGGAGGGGCAUAAGAGGGAAGCAUGAGCUGUUUGGCCCUGCUGCUGGAAAGGGUCUCUGGGGCGCUUUCCAGUCUGCGUGUGUCGAAAGAGGAAUAAUUGCUUUCAAUUACUUUUGUAUUUCUCUCUCUCUUUUUAAACAAGUGAUGGUUGUGUCUGAGUUGAGUGAAGAUUUAGAAAUUCCAAACUACCCCUCUUGUGUAUUCACUGAGUGGAUGUGGGCUGAGCAGGGGCAGGACUUUGGCAGCACAGAGGCCGCGCGUAGCCUGGGCCCAGCUCCUGUGUCUCUACAUGGCUUUUUUGGAAGUGGCGUGACUUGGGAAAGCAAAGCAGAGACUGCCAGGGGAGUGGAUUUUGGUAGGGUUUGGGUGCAUAAGCCUUGGGCGAGCGCAGCUUGCUCUUAAAGCAGAGGAAGGGCAAGCAGAAUCAAACCAAAGGGCAUAAAUGACAAGAGCUUUUAGUUAUUCCAUAUGUGACAGAAGUCAGGCUCAACAGGACGGGUCAGUUCCACAUCCGAAGUGCUCCAGGGGCUUCCCACAAACACGAGCGUUGGAGCUGCUUGAACAUUUGCCAACAGCUGAUGGAAAGCUCUUGAAUGUUGUAUCGCAUUUAGACAGAUCCCAGGGCUCCCUGCCCUCUGUCCCUCUGCGAGCUGUUACGGUGGCAGAUGACAACCUGGUAAGCAGCCCUGCAUCUCGCCAACUCACAAAGGUGAAGCAGGACCUUGAAUCUUCUCACAGUUCUCUGAACUGUGCUGGAAGAUGGUGAAGGUCAGUAGUGGAAGAAAUGAAAAACCAGCUAGCGAGUACAGGAUGUGUUGAGAACCAGCAUCUGAGGGUGGGCAGCACUCAUGCCCUCAAAAAAAGAGAAGUGAGGUCUGUUUGGAAAGGAUUUUUCCUUUCCUAAACCAAAAGGCAAGUAAUUCUGCUCGUUGGGAGCUGAGGUGGUUGCAACUCACCUGUAGCAGAGAUUACUCUGUCCCUGCUGGAAUACUUCACUAGUACUUUCUUUGGGAAGGUGCCAGUGUGUAAACUCUGAGUAAAGCAGAACACCAAGAUAAACAAAGCACAAUGUACGCUCUUUAUUACUGAAAUUACCUUUCUGCCAGCCAUUGCCUGUCUCAGGUCAAUAAAUUCUUGUGUCUCAUG